CUGCCUCGACUUUGCGAUCAUGUCUGAUAAAUUAAACAGAGCUCAAGGCCCCGUCACCCGGACGACCAGGUCUAAGAUGGCUUCCAUCAGCAAGACCAUCAAUGCUACAAGUAGUGAAUCAUCAAAAUGUCCAAAGCUGAGAUGGACUUCAUUUGGCAACUCUGCUGCAGAACAGGAAAGUCUCCCUCCCCCACAAUCAUCACAGGCACCACAAAGCUCCCCAGACUAUGCAAAUGCAGAUAUCCCCUCUGCUCUAGCAGCCAUAAAUCUCAUGGCUAUCGCCUAUGCCAAAAACAACCCUCAUCUCUGUCACGAGCUACAGAAUCUCAGUCAUCAGGUGCAAGUGCUUGAAACAAACCUUCCUGGAGGCGUCGAAGCAGGAUGGAUUCGUUCGGAGCUGAGUGAAGCUACGAAGAGAUCCUUGACGUGGGCGAGGGUCCGGCUGAUUGAAUUGAUGGUGGAUAUUCUGCAAGUGUUGGACAGAGACGAGCAGGGAAGUUUGCAGAGAUUCUUGAGCUAUGUCAAAGAGUUAGGUAACAAACUUAAGUAG